AUGGAUACUACUCUAUCCUACUCUCAGGAUCUCAGGAUAUCUACUCUGAUCCUGGGUAUCCUGGAGGCAUUUGCAUACUUCGCUGCGUACGGUGGGGACAAUAUAGAAUACGAUGAGAACACUAACGACAACAACGAUAAUAACAAGAUUGUAGUCAAGAAGCUUGAAUGA